UUCACGGAGGAUGCAUUAAAUUUAUCAAAAAAUACAGUAAGGACAUUUAUAUUGUUACGAAUGGCUUUGAGUUUUAAAUAAAUGCUGUUCUUCAAACUCUCUCUUUAGUACACAAUCAUUGCAGCAAUGAAAACUGUGCAAUCUGCUUCUCAUGGACAAACUUCUCCCAGAACUGCUCAACUCUUCAAACUUGUAGUAAAUUCAUCCAUCCAUAAUACUUUUUUCUAAUCUUAUAUCAUCCAAUCUUUAUUGUUCUUUUGCUCAUUCUACCCUUUUCUCUCUUUGAAACUGUCGUGAAGGCCAGCAUCCCAGAAUCUUCUCUUCACUGUUGCAGAUGGAACUGCCGUAGGAAUGCAAUGUUCAAUGACACUGCAUGCUGAGCACUAGAGAGUCUUAAUGUAAAGACUUAUUGUUGUAAAUCUGGGCAGCUCAAUUCUGUCUGUCCUGGAUCUAGAUCCAUUUGUUUUCUUCUUUUAAGACAGCAGUGCACAGAAUAGCAUUGAUCUCUCAAAAGAAGAACAGACUAAUGAGUUUCUAGAUACAUUUGUUUUGGGUUCAUUUUUAUAACCUGAAUUUGACUUGUAAGUGUAUGCUUAGUGACUUGCAAGAAAUGCAAGAGUACUAAAAAACACAAUGUAUUGCAAUUUCAUUAAGCAGACCAGGAGAGCACAGCAGGGGAACAAGAGGAGCUGAGGGCCAUGGGUGAUCAGGAGAGGUCACUGGAGGGCAAGAUAAAACAGGAGGCCAAGGCAGAGAGGGCGGAGGGUCCGGAGACCAACGUGAACCAGGAGACCAGGGCAGAGUGGGCGGAGGGCCCGGAAACCAGCGUGGACCAAAAAACCAGGACGGAGCGGAUGAGAGGCCCGGAGACCGACAUGAACCAGGGGACAAGGGUGGAGCAGGCGGAGGGCCCAAAGACCAGGGUGAACCAGGUGGACGGCCAGGAGAACAGAGUGGACCAGGCGGAUGACCAGGAGACCAGGGCAGAACAAGCAGAUAGCCAGGAGACCAGGGUGGACCAGGCAAGGCAGCAGAUGACCCCUGCGAACCUGGCAGAUGGCUGUUAGAGGCUGGAAUGGUCAAGGCAACAGGGGACUCAAAGGGUUCAGAGUGCAGGGUAGCUGGAGACUCAGAGGGCUCAGAGGUUAUGGUGUCUGGGGACUCCGAGGGCUCAGAGGUUAUGGUGUCUGGGGACUCCAAGGGCUCAGAGGUUAUGGUGUCUGGGGACUCCAAGGGCUCAGAGGUUAUGGUGUCUGGGGACUCCGAGGGCUCAGAGGUUAUGGUGUCUGGGGACUCCGAGGGCUCAGAGUGCAAGGCACUAGGAGACUCUUGGGGCAGGGCCGCUGGAGACUCUGGGGGCAGGGCCGCUGGAGACUCUGGGGGCAGGGCCGCUGGAUGCAGAGGUUCAGAGGGUGACCAGAGCAAGGUCAAGGCAGCCAAUGGUGCAGCGGUCAAGGCGGCUGGUGUCGCAGCAGUCAAGGCGGCCGGCAACAGGACAGGAGGUGAACAGGACGGAAACAAGAGGAGCUUAGGGCUAUGGGUGAUUAGGAGAGGCCACUGGGGUAAAGAUGGCCAAGGUGGCGGGUCAGGAAACCGACGUGAACCAGGAAACCGGGGUAGAGGGCUCAGAAGUCAGAGCAGCUGGGGACUCAGAGGGUUCAGAGGUCAAGGCAACAUGGGACUCAAAGGGUUUAGGGGUCUCAGAGGUUAUGGCAUCUGGUGACUCAGUGGGCUCAGAGGUCAGAGCAGCUGGGGACUCAGAGGGUUCAGAGGUUAUGGUAUCUGGGGACUUAGAGGGCUCAGAGGUUAUGGUAUCUGGGGACUCAGAGGGCUUUGAGCUCAGAGCAGCUGGGGACUCAGAGGGCUCAGAGAGCAAGGCACUAGGGGACUCAGAGGGCUCAGGGAGCAAGGCACAAGGGGACUCAGAGGGAGAGGAACUAGAAGUUUCUGGGGGUGGGGCUGCUGCAGGCAGAGGUUCAGAGGGCAACCAGAGCAAGUUCAAGGCGACUGGCGACGCAGAGGUCAAGGGAAUGGCCUCCGUGGCCGGAAGUGCUGGCAUUGGUGUAGUAGGGGACGUGGUCUCCUGGUCUACUGAGGUUGAGAGAGCACUGAGGUUGGGACCUUUCUCCCCCUUCUCCUCUUAAAGCCCCUCGUCACAGGUGAGAGAGCGCUGGAUGCCGCAGGGGGUACUUUCAAACCCCACAGUAUUCACACUUGCCUCCAUGCAGGCAGGACUUCACAGUCUCUUUGAGUCCAAAAUGGUAGAUGUCCUUGAAUGUGACAUCUCCCCAGUUGAGGACAUGGGUGAGUUUGCAGAACUGCUCUGUAUAUUGCUCGAUGGUAUUGCUUCCUUGCCUUAGAGAGAGAUCCAUAGGGUUGUGGUCAGUUGAUCUGUAAUGUUCUGGGAGUGAAAAGAUGAGAAUGCAUAUCUAAGUGCAGCCUUUUAAUAAAGAAACUAGAAACACAACCGAAAACAAGAAGCACUGGGGACAAGAAAUAAAAAUAAAUGAGUAUACAAACACUACAGCUUGGAAAGGAAAACAACUGACAAAGAACACAGGAAAACUAAGGAGUAUAUACACAAGGAGCAAAUGAGAAAACGAGGAACACCUGGAACUAAUAAUCACAGGGACCAAUAAACAAAGACAACGAAAAGAACUACAAAACCCAUAAUAAAACACAAGACGAGCAAUAAACAUUAAAUGGAAAACCUUACAUUAAAACUAUGGCUUCCACCAAAAACAUGGUUACUACAAUAUUACUAUAGUAAAACCAUGGUUAAUAUUACCUGGAUCAAACCUUUCUCUCAACGUGGAACAGGAGACCAGGGCGGUUCCCCGACCUUAACAGUGACCAAAUCACUGCGAGGAAAUCAACCUCUAGAUUAACUUCUAUAUAAUUAUUAUUAUAAGUAGUAUAAAAGGAAAUAUCAUGAGUGGAGACCAAGAACAGGAUGGGAAAAAGUGAGGCAAAAGAGGGAAUCAAACCCGGGUCGUACGAGAAAAGCACAUCCAUAGCAUCUUUACACACCACGCAAUUGAAGCAACACUUGGAGGUGCAGUUUGUCUUUAAUUUCACUGUUUACACCAGACUAUUUGAGUGCAAAUAGCCACGCUGUGUGGCAGGUGCUAUUUACACCCAGUGCAAAUAGUCACUUGUGUGUUUUAUUUUUUUUACACAAGUUGCAAACAUGUUAUCCAAUAAACCUGGAUGAAACUCUCCAUUCUUUUUCCAGUAAUAUACAUUUUUCUAUCUUUUGAUUUAGUAUAGUUUCAUGUGACUAUUCUCCCCAGCUAUUUAGGUCCAUUAACAAAUGCAAUUAUUUUUUCCUGUAAAUUUAAUGGCAUGGAUAAAAUAUUCACUCGUCAGUAACUGCACAUCAACAUCAAAUCAAUUUUGAAUUGAUAUUAUGAUCAAGAAAGUUCAAU